AUGGAGAGAGUUUUGAAGAAAGCUAAAAAAAAGAUCUCAAACAUCACCCAAGACUUCAAUAUAUUCUCAAAUGUUGUUGAAGAUAAAGCCAAAUUGUUCUUCAACAAACUGAAAGGUAAGUCACCAAUACCGUUGUCAUGUCUACUCCAACAAUACAAUAUAUCUCCAGGCAUAUUUCCUAGAAAUAUACGAUAUUAUGAAUUUGACGAAACAAAGAGCAAGCUUGUGGUGUACUUGACUUCGCCUUGUGAGGUGAAAUUUAGUGACUCGUCUAUGGUAAGAUAUGCAACUCGGGUAAAGGCAACCUUGUUGAGAGGCAAACUUAGUAAUGUUGAAGGAAUGAAGACAAAGAUUCUAUUUUGGCUCAAAGUAACAUGCGUAAAUUUCGAUUACUAUAAAUCUAAUAAAGUAUUAUUCACUGUACUUCGGAUCAAGAUCUCAAGACCCAAAGAUGUUUAUGACCUGCCUUGGUAUGGCAUGAGGGUUGAUAAAUUUUAA